GCAAACAGCAGUUCCUCUGGAAACGUCUGAACCGACAGACUGCCGUGAAGCUUUUCUCGGUUGAGCAGUUGAAGACAUUUUUUGAGAGAAAGCAAACCUGUUGGACAAAAAGCCACCAAGACGGAUUAAAGUGAGACUUUAAAAGAAGUCUUGGAGGAAGAUUGGAAAGAAGAGAAAUCUAACCUCAGGAGUUGAAAGGACGUGUAAAAAGGCAAAGAAUGCCGUCAUUUGGACUUGAGCUGGCUGGCAUCGGCCUGUCAGUGGUGGGCUGGCUGCUGAGCAUCGUCAGCUGCGCUCUGCCCAUGUGGAGGGUCUCUGCCUUCAUCGGCGCCAACAUCGUCACCGCUCAGGUGUACUGGGAGGGUCUGUGGAUGAGUUGUGUGUUUCAGAGCACCGGCCAGAUGCAGUGCAAGGUCUACGACUCUAUGCUGGCCCUCCCUCAAGACCUGCAGGCCGCCAGGGCCCUCACCGUCAUCACCAUCAUCCUGGGUGUCGUGGCGCUCCUCAUCUCCAUGGUGGGAGCCAAGUGUACCAACUGCAUCGAGGAAGAGGCCGUCAAAGCCAGGGUGAUGGUGUCCUCGGGCGUGGCGUUCAUCGUGUCGGCCCUGGCGCAGAUUGUGCCCGUUUCCUGGUCUGCACACACCAUUAUUAUGGAGUUCUACAAUCCAGUCGUCCCGUCUGGGCAGAAGAUGGAGAUCGGAGCAGCGUUGUACCUGGGAUGGGCUGCCGCAGCCCUGCUCCUGAUCGGCGGUGCCCUCCUCUGCUGCAGUUGCCCCCCACAGGAGGAGAAGGCACUAAGGUACACCGUAGCGCCUCACAGCCGUGUAGCGUACUCCGCCGCUCCGAGAUCAACGGCCCAAAGCUCCUACACCAGAAGAGACUAUGUCUAAAAAGAGCCAAGAAGUCAAGAAAGUGUUGAGACAAAAUCCCAACUAUUAUUUAUGCAUUUUCCUGAAAUUUAUGUUUAACAUCACACAUCAAAAAACACAGGUCUCAUCUUUUUUUAAAUUGGAACCAAAAAUAUUCACACAUGUUUUUUAUACUCUGGAAAGAUAGUUGUUUACAUAUCAACUUCUCCAAAAGAAAUUAUUUUAUAUAAAUAUAUCUGUUCUUACGGUGUUUCAUUGCACUGGAAAUGUGCUGAGCAUAUGUAAUUACAUUGUAACUGGAACAAAUGCUCAUGUUUAUAUUUUAUGAUGGACUUGCAAACCAGAAACAGGAGCUGCGUCACAGCCGAAUGAAAAGAAAGAAGGUCAAAAUGGCAGAGAGGAAUGUGAGGGAAGUCUUGUGAAAAUCUUUUUGGUUUAAGAUGUGCUUUAUUCCACGUUUUUAAAUCUCCAUUACAGUUCUGUUUUACUUUCCAAGUGUCGUGACUUUUAAUUGUUGAAGCUAAUGUAUUUGACAUUUGUUUAACAUAAUUUAUGUUCAACAUUGUCACAUUUUCCUUCAUUUUUCUAUAUAUAAACUUUUAGAAAAAUGUCAAUACAAGUGAAACUACUUUGUAUUUAGAUCUACUAAUGAUGAUUUUAAAUAACUUAAAGAAAUAAAGCAAUGAAGUAUUUUUUACAGUGAAACAUGAUGGAAGCCUUUUUUAUGUUAAAUUUUUUUGAUAUAAUUUAACAGUUCAUUUUGUCAAAGCAAGAAGACAAAUGAGAUCAUAAACUACAGAUUUAAAUAUUGUUCUGUAAACGUACAGAAAUCAACAUCAUCAUGACGCAUAAAGACGACUUUCUGAUUUACAA